UCACGCAAAGCAAGUCGCGCAGUUAUGGCAACAAUUCACGAUAUUCCGUGUGAAAUUUUAACAAAAAUUUUUGAAUUUUUGACACCAGCUGAUCGACGAGUAGCUGCCCAUGUCAAUAGUUACUGGCAGUACAUCUGGGACUCGACGUCAGCCUUUGACACAGAUCGAACGUUAGUCUUCGACAAUUGCACAAUUAAAAGUGGCACCGCUCCAGCGAGUGUUUUUCGGAAAAGUAACCGUCGUUAUUACAAAAUUAUCGUCGGAAAUGUCGAUUUUGAGGAUGGUUUUGUCGAAAUGUGGUCCCGCCUUGGGCGUCACGUGAAAUAUUUGGAAUUUUCCCGCGCAUUUGUCUUCGACAAAGCAGUUCAUUCGGAAUUUUUGCAGUAUUUCCCGCACUUGAAAGUCAUGAAAAUCAACUUUGAGUACUGGAAACACGAAACUUUUCAGUUCGACAUGAUCUCGAGCACCAUCGAAAAAUUAAUUCUCAGCUUUGGACCCUAUUACGGCUCCACCAAGGCCUUCGAGAAGCUCAUCCUAUACUCAACCGGCUUGAAUGAGCUUGAACUGGAAAAUAUCGAACUAAAUGACGAAGUUGUCGCACUUUUACCGUCAGUCAUGUGCAUCUUAACCAAACUCAAGAUAAAAGUUUACUCCCAUCAAGUGCAAAAUUUACGAAAAAUCCGAGCCCCGAACUUGACGCAUCUCAGUGUCAAGCAAUUCGGACCGGAAUUGAACCAGAUUUUGAGUGAAGUGCUCGAUCGAUUGUGGAAUUUGCAGAGAUUUGAGCUAGUUACGCGUGAUUGUCUGCCACCGAAGAAUUUUAGGAAGAUGAAAUAUCUCAAAGUGGUCAAUUUGGAAUUUUAUCAGGAAGCGAUGAACGCCCUCCAGCACUUUCAUGACUUGGAAGAAUUGGAUGUCUCGGUGUGGGAAGACAAUGAUAGCGAUUGCUUUUUUGGACAUUCAACUUAUGAGAAUUUUAAUGUGAAAAUUUUUCGGCUUGUUACUCACAAAAAUAAAUCUUGCUUUGGAUGUAUCAGAAAUAUUGCGAGAAGUUUUCCGUGUCUGGAGUUACUUGAACUGGAUUUACGUCUUCCGAAAGAUCAUUUGGAUUUGUUAUACGAAAAAAUGGGAAAUUUGAAGCAAGUUAUUCAUAAAACUGUGAUGGAUAUUCCUUGAAAAGAAAUAAAAAAUAUUUAAUUUUU